AUGUCUUGCCGAACAUGUCAAGUGCAAUUAAAGGGAGUAGAUAUUAAAAAACAUCUUCAUUCCGACUGGCAUAUAUAUAACCUUAGACGAAGUCUUGCGGGCUUGCCCCCAUUGUCAGAAGAACUUUUUCGGGAAAAGGAAGAGCUGUUUCGAUUUUUAAAUAAUGGAAACACAUCUAAGUCAUCCAUUAAGAGUUUUUACUGCGAGAUUUGCAAAAAGAAUUUUAAAUCUAAUAAUGCUUAUGAGUGUCACAUUGUGUCUCAGCAACAUUUAAAGAAAAUGAAAUCUGUUGAAUCGGAAAAGGCACACGUCCCUGAGGAUGUUAUUGAAGAUAUUCCAGCAUCAGAGAACGGAUCAGAAAGCGAGCACGCUCCAGAGGAAUUUUCGCCGAGCGUAUUCGGGAAGUCCUUGCCUAUUGGUUCCUGCUUCUUUUGUGACACCACCUAUCAGGGCAAUCCUGACGCUCUAGAGUGUGUUUUGUCACACAUGAUAAUCGCACACAAUUUUACUAUUCCUUAUCCUGAAAAACUGGUCGACGUUAGAGGUCUCUUAGAAAACUUGGGCCGCCUUGUUGGUGAAGAAUUCACUUGCCUUGGUUGUGGUCGUCAAUUUCUCGGUCCCAGACAAAACAGGCACAAAAAGUCUCCCUCAGAACUUCGAAAGCAAGCUCUUAGUGCCGUCAGGAAGCAUAUGGUGGACAAGCAACAUAAUUUCAUUUACACUGGAAUCGAAGAUCCCAUUGUGGUAUCCGCUGCAAUAGCCGAAGCUGGUGAUGAUGACGAAACAGCUGUACCACCCAUUGCUCGCGUUGGAGGUGAGCUAUACAGUCAGUAUUACAGCGGGGAUCGGGCAAACAAAACUCUUGUUUUGCCUGAUUCUGAUAGCAAGUUUACAGAGGAAGAAACCUAUGAGGUUCAUUUGCCAUCUGGUGGGGCUAUCGGUCACAGACGCUAUUACCAGUCAGUUUUCCGUCAAAAUGCUUGUGCUCACCUGGAACUUCCGUCAACAAAUCGAGCCAUUUCGGAAACUCUUUCUUGGAAAUCACGUCCUGGAGUCGGGCCGAUGAUGACUUUGAGUGAGAGUGAAAUCACCAGACUUUCCCUCCAGGAGCAUAGGGAUCGUCGAGUUGAUUUAAAGAGAAGAUCCCGACAGGAAAUGAAGUUAGGCAUUCGGGGUAAUAUUGUUCUCGCAAAACAUUUCAGAGCCGCACAAUAA